AUGCAGAAUCUGCUACGGACUUCCGUCACAGAUUCGGACAACGUCUUUCGCAUGGUGAGUAGCGACAACCAUAAUGCCGGUUCUGCCAUCGUGUCCACCUGCCAACCAAUGGGUCCGGCUGCCGACCAUUCCUACCUAUGGGGGUCCCAUGGCGCAGACGGCCGGCAUGAGGGCACCUGGAACUGUCGCAUUGCAACAACGGGCGCCGAUCUUUCCGUGGAAAGCAACCCCGUCCUUGACCCAGCCAUAGUCGGAGAGGGUGGCUGGAUGUCUGAUCUUUUAAGUCCUUCUUUCUUCUCGAGUAGUCGAGGCGAUGGCGAACCGGCAGGUUUGCCCGGGAACCCACCGUCUCCUAGUGACAGUAGGUACAGGGUGCCUAGCUUGUCGUUUGACCGGGAAAGACAGCUAGGUCAGCAGGGACGCGGCACUAUGGCGGCGGCAAGUUCCAUAGCUCCGACACCAUCUAGCACCGUCCUGUCAUUAUCUGGAUCGGAAGACAUCCACGCAUCAGCGUCCCCAUCACAACAGAGUCAAAGGUCGGCACCAGCGGCAUCAGCCAUAUCCACCGACAGCAGCCUUUCGGAUCCCGUCCCUCUGAUUUGCCGACGCAGGUCAAUCCAGGACCAGUCCGAUAGUCUCUCCGACCUCGUCAGGAUGUCAGCGACUAGCUGCGGCGGAACCGUCCUGCGGCCCGGCAUGAUUGGGCUCGGAGAGGCGAUUAAAAUGACGGCUGAGUACCCCUUGCGAAUGCUGGCCACCACAUUUCGAUCACCGUUUAUACACCAGAAACUCUGUAGGAAGUCACCGAGGGGAAUGCCGGAGCCGAUUGCAGUGGCCCUGGCGUGCGUGGGCAUGAAACUCCAUUCGGAUCAGUCUGGUCUGCCGUUUGUUUGCGAUAUAUUUCGUGACCAGAGAGACAAGCUGAUCAGAGAGCUGCCCGCCUUGACUGAUAACCAUGAACAAGUCUGUGCUCGUCUGCAUGCCAUGUGCAUCUAUCAGAUCGAAGGCCUCUUGUCGGAGAAUAGAUACAGCUCCAAGUUAGCGACUGCUGUACUGCACCACGAGUAUCUAGUCAGAGCUACUCAGCGCCUGGUGAAAAGGCUCGAAGAACGAUCACCUGAAAACGAGAAUAUGCGGCAUCCUUUUCUUUCACGCCCCGCAUCCCAAGACAUAAGCUGGGACAUUUGGGUCGUCCAAGAGUCCUUGCGACGGACCAUAUUUCUUCUCGUCGUCAUCCACCAACUCCUCGGACUGACUAGAACACUGGAUCCCGCGUACUUUGAGCCACUGCUUCCACCGGACGUGUUCGAGAACAUUAGGCUCCCCAGUAGCGAUGCCAUGUGGAUGGCUGAGAGCGAGAGUGAGUGGAUAAACGCGCGGCGAGGUUCCGUGAGCGAUGGAAUUGAAGAGCCGCCCACACUGGGAGAGAUUGUGCAGAGGUUUACUAGGGGGAAUGCUGGCGAUUUAGGGACGGGGAGUAGCGAUCUGACGGACGGGGAUUCACGGGAUGACGGCGAUGGGAGGAAUAAAGAUAGGGAAUGGUCGUUGGAAAGACUCCCUGAGCUCACCAGGUUGAUUAUUAGCGUUGCUUCAAUCAAUGUUAAGUAA